AUGUCUCCACCACUCACCAGUGUUGAAGAUCAAAUUCGCGAAACGAUGGAGCUUCUCUGCUCAGCAACGUCUCUUUCCUCCUCCUCCGCUCUCUCCUCUGCUCUUUUCGUUCCUCCAUCUUUCCACAUGCCAGGGGCAAGGAGGUUCAUGGUUGUGUGCAGCUCCGAGAAAUCCCACAAGAUGACAGUGUCAGUAACUGGAGCAACUGGAUUUAUUGGGAGACGAUUGGUCCAGAGACUUGGUGCUGAGAAUCACUCAAUCAGGGUCUUGACACGCUCUAAAUCCAAAGCUGAGCAAAUAUUUCCGGCCAAGGACUUCCCAGGUAUCGUGAUUGCAGAAGAACCCGAGUGGAGAAACUGCGUACAAGGCUCAACUGCUGUUGUGAACUUGGCAGGACUGCCUAUCAGUACGAGGUGGUCUCCCGAGAUCAAGAAAGAGAUUAAGGACAGCCGAAUCCGUGUCACCUCCAAAGUUGUUGAGUUGAUAAAUACAUCACCAGUGGAGGCUCGACCUACUGUUCUAGUUAGCGCCACAGCUGUUGGUUACUAUGGUACUAGUGAGACUGGAGUAUUCGAUGAAAAGAGUCCAUCAGGGAAUGAUUAUCUUUCAGAGGUUUGCAGAGAAUGGGAAGGAACCGCGCUGAAAGCGAAUAAAGAUGUAAGAGUGGCACUUAUCCGCAUUGGUGUUGUUUUGGGAAAAGACGGUGGGGCUUUAGCCAUGAUGAUACCCUUUUUCCAAAUGUUUGCUGGAGGACCUCUGGGUUCAGGACAACAAUGGUUCUCUUGGAUUCACGUGGAUGACUUGGUGAAUCUGAUCUACGAGGCCCUCACUAAACCAUCCUAUCAAGGAGUUAUAAAUGGGACAGCGCCAAACCCGGUUAGGCUUGGGGAGAUGUGUCAGCAGCUAGGCAGCGUUCUUAGUCGACCAUCGUGGCUACCGGUUCCUGACUUUGCUCUCAAAGCUCUGCUCGGAGAAGGUGCCACUGUGGUUUUGGAAGGACAAAAGGUUUUGCCUGCAAGAGCCAAAGAGCUUGGCUUUGAAUUCAAGUACAAAUAUGUGAAAGAUGCACUCAGAGCCAUUAUGCAAUAA